GUCCCACGGUCGCAGGACCAAGCGGUCUCGAUUUACUAGCGCCGCGGCCCUCGUGCCGACACCUGAUGCGUGAAGACAAAUCCCGAGCGUUCGCCGCUGCGACAUGCUCCCCGACAGCGUUGUCGAUCAGAGGGAGACGCUGAACCCCCAAUGGAUCGGAUACGAUGUGUUGACCCCUUCAACCUUACUAUAUUUGACCAACUGACCAUGCAUGAACGACCAAGACCUCCCGAACCAACCGCGCUCCGUUUGUCGUGGGCGCGGUCGAAAGUUGGGAUCGAAGCCAGUAAACAUGUGUCUCAUCCCUUUUUUUUGCCUCUUCUCGUUAGGGAGCCUCCCCUUCGCGGGUGCUCCAAUUGAUUUCCUAUUAUGACAUUACGAUGCCAAUCCCCAUCGCCUUCUCCCUCCUCCCCCUCCUCAUCGUCGUCACCACCUUUCCCUCCUCCAGUGCCGCCGCCACCGCUGCCCCGGCCGUCCCGCAACCCAGAGGUACGCGGUCACACACAUGCCAUGCAUGCAACACACUGUACUUAAUACAUUGUGCCGAUCGAUGUUUUCCGAUCGUGACAGGAUUGCACAUGAACUGCGGGGCGGACAAGGAGCUGCAUAUCGGGAGCAUCAAAUGGGUCCCCGACGCGGCGUUCAUCGCCGUGGGCAACGCCUCCUCCGUCAACAAGCCCAGCGUCCUCCCCGUGCUCUCCACGCUGCGCCACUUCCCGGACGCCACGGCGCGCAAGUACUGCUACAACAUCCCGGCCGCCAAGGGCUCGCGCUACCUCGUCCGCACGACCUACUUCUACGGCGGCGCCGAUGACCCGCCCGUGUUCGACCAGAUCGUGGACGGCACCCUAUGGAGCGCCGUCAACACCACCGACAGCGCCCGCCGCGGCAUGUCCACCUACUUCGAGCUCGUGGCCCAGGCGCAGGGGAAGUCCAUGAGCGUGUGCCUGGCGCGCCGCAACGACACCACGUCCAGCCCCUUCAUCUCCUCCCUGGAGGUCGUCACCCUCGAGGACUCCAUGUACAACGCCACGGACUUCGGCAAGUUCGUCCUCAGCACCGUCGCGCGCAACGCCCUCGGCACCAAGGGCGACAUCUUCAGCUAUCCAGAUGACCAGUACAGCCGGUACUGGGCGCCGUUCAUGGACGGCAACCCGACGGUGGAGAGCCACACGGCCAUCUCCCCGGCAGACUUCUGGAACCAGCCGCCGCCCAAGGCCCUCAAGGGCGGGCUCACGACGAGUCGGGGCAAGAACCUGACGGUGCAGUGGCCGCCCCUGGAGCUGCCCGCGACAAGCUAUUACGUGGUCUUCUACUUCCAGGACUCGCGCACGGCCAGCCCCUACAGCUGGCGCGUGUUCAACGUGGCCGUCAACGGGAAGGACUUCUUCAGGGGCCUCAACGCCACGGCGGCCGGCGUCAUGGUGUACGCCAACAUGAUGCAGCUGGCCGGCAAGACGGAGAUCCUGCUCACGCCCAACGAGACGUCCCCCGUCGGCCCGCUCAUCAACGCCGCCGAGAUCUACCAGAUCGUGCCCGUCGGCGGCAGGACGGCUACCAAAGAUGUGGUUGCCAUGGAAGAACUCGCGAGGAGCCUCAAGAACACACCGCCGGACUGGGCCGGCGACCCUUGCCUGCCGCCGCAGAACUCGUGGACAGGGGUGAAAUGUUCCGCGGACGCACCAGUACGCGUCUUAUCACUGGAUCUAAAAAAUCAUAGUCUUUCAGGAUCUCUUCCCGACAGCUUUGGAAAUUUGACUGGGCUGAACACCAUUUUUCUCAGUGGCAACAAACUCUCAGGCCCCAUACCUGACUUAAGCAACAUGCAGAGCUUAGCAGCAUUGCAUCUUGAUGACAAUCAGUUCAGCGGAGCAAUCAACCCGUCGCUGGGAGUACUCGUCAAUCUUAAGGAGCUGUUCCUGAACAACAACAAUCUCUCUGGCCAGAUACCACUUGUCCUGAAAACCAAGCCUGGACUCGUCAUGAAGAUUGAGGGGAACAAACUUGUGUGAGAGGCUGGCAAGGAGGAAAUAUGGUGAUGCUAACUUGCAGUAUAAUGGUGCACACAUGUAUACAGAAUAUAGAUGAAGAAGGGGGAAGAGUGAAAGGCUUCAGAAAGUGUAGGACGGCACUGAUUUACCAUUGUUGUAUCUGAGCUCAAGAUUGAUGUGAUAUUUGGCAUCCUUUUACUAGUUUUUUUUUCUGUAUAUGUUGCAUCCGGCUUUAGUUUUAGGUAAGGUACAAUUGUUAGGUCAAAGAAUCAUUUCCUAAUCUAUCUAAAAGCCAGGUGUAUUAUGUUCCAUUAGAGACUUUAGUUAGGACAGUAAUUGUCUAGUAGCCAGAAAACGAAUUAACUGAUUAGCUAA